CGUCCAUCAGCAAGUGCUAGCCAGUAUUUACAGAUGCAUGCACGCCGCAAUGAGUGUUUGACACAUCUACCUAAUAUCUCUUCUUAUAUGUGUGCCGUAUAUUUAUAUUUUUGAUAAAGAUACCUCGUACCGAACACCCUUCAUCCCCCACCGAGACCGCACGUGAGUUACGACGAUUCGCCCGAUGAGAGUGGCCGACUAAAGAUACGCCAUGCAAUUCUCUGAGACGAAUCGGUAGGACCAGAAUAGAAUGGCACCGGCUGCAGAAAUGGAUACCCAUGCCGGACCUAGCAAAGAACCAUCUAUAUCAAAGGAAAACAGAACAACCUCCAGAUCCGUACUCGCAGAUUUGGGUACAGGACCCAAUGGUUCUGUCUCGGCACCAAGCGGGGACUCGACAACGAGAAAAGCGCAUGAUUCGGAAGUUCAGCAGGAAUGGGAUAUGGUGGCCCCUUCAAUCCAGAAGAACGGGUUGAAUGGUGGCGUGGAGGUCAGGGCUCAGACCAACGGAGCGGUGACCAGUGGUAAUGACAUAACGUUGAAUGCGUUGGCGACACAAAGAUCAUCGUCUCAUGGUCUAGGCAUUUCCGUGGUUGACUCGCACGAGGCUGUAAGAAAUGACAAAGACAAAGACAAUGCCCGUUCCGACGAUCAUCAGAGACCGCCAUCUCCUCGGCAACGAAAACAAGACAAAGAAAAAGUGCUGAAGCUUUCGCCGUCCCAGAUAGACGAGCUGAUGUCCUCCCCGGACUCAAUCCCGGUUCAUAAGAUACCGGAAGCUCUUGAUGGAGAUGAGGACGCGGCAUCGACACCCAGGGCAUUGUUGUCAAUGGACGAGGCAUUGGCGAAGGCGAGGAAUAAAGCAGAAUUCAUGAGAUCUAUCAGCGGGAGUUUUUAUCAGAGACGGAAUUCGAAGGGUAUUCAUCUGGAUGAUCCGCCUACCUUCCUCAUAACUGAUGAAGAUGCGCCUAUGUCUGCUCCGAUUCGUCAACGAUCGCAUGCUCCGCGAAUGAUUUCUAGCCCUGUCUCGUUUCCGCGGCGCAAUUCGAUUAGCGAUGAACAACUCUUGAUCGCUAACUUGGCUCCUCGGACGAAACAAAAAAAUGCGCCUUCCCAUGUUGAUCUUCCAUCGCUUCCAUCACAAAACAAUCUUAAUCCCACUGAACUCAGAGAUCCGAAUCCUUCGCCGAUGCCUCAAUCUAUUCCUUUGCCUCCUUUAUCUAUUCCUACAUAUCUUCAGCUUGAAUUGUCUUCUUCACGACCUUCACCGCUUUAUAUCCAUCGCUCUGUGAAUAGUGAAUUUCCAUAUGAAUCAUCUCGUGUCAAAAUUGAGCGGUUAUUAAAUUUCCUGUUACUCCCCCCAGCUCUAGAACAAGUCCUGUGGUUUGGGGCUCUCGCUUGUCUAGAUUCGUGGCUAUAUUCAUUUACCAUCCUCCCACUUCGAUUUAUCAAAGCUCUUUACAUUCUACUAUCCUCUUGGAUUUCUAACAUCGCCUCAGAAGUUCAAUUCAUCAGCAAUUUCGUGGUCAAAGGCAUUGGCAGAGUAUGGCGGAGGCGGCUGAAAUAUACGGAAAGCACUUCUUCGGACCCUGUGCGCUCAUUACGAAUGAUGAACGGACAGGGGCACACUCCUAAUAAUGGUGAUGGCAAAAUAGAUUUCAAUUCAGUGUCUCGAUCGGAUGACAAUAGACGCCGGAAAACAACCAUUCUGCCAAAACAUCGAAGGCAAAAAUCCGUUCCCUCCGCGUUGCAGCCAGACGACAAAGCCGAUAUUCUUAAGGGCCUGCUCAUGGUUUGCACUUGUAUUAUUCUCACAUAUUUUGACGCCAGCCGAAUAUACCACUGGAUUCGAGGGCAAAAUGCCAUCAAAUUGUACGUCAUUUAUAAUGUACUUGAAGUUGGUGAUCGGUUGCUUUCAGCCAUUGGACAAGACGUUCUAGAAUGUCUAUUUUCUCGUGAAGCACUAGAAAGAAAACCAGACGGGCGGAGCAAAGUUGUUCGCCCGUUCUGGCUCUUCAUGCUUGCUCUUGCGUAUACAACACUUCACGCUACCGCACUGUUCUAUCAAGUUAUCACACUCAAUGUGGCCGUCAACUCGUACUCGAACGCAUUGAUCACACUUCUACUAUCCAACCAAUUUGUUGAGAUCAAGUCGACCGUGUUCAAAAAAUUCGAAAAGGAGAAUUUGUUUCAAUUAACAUGCGCAGAUGUUGUUGAACGUUUUCAACUCUGGCUCAUGCUUACCAUCAUUGCGUCCCGUAACAUUGUAGAGACGGGCGCAUUCACUUCUUGGUUUACGGUAGGCUCAGGAAUGGCUGACCACGCUGCAUCAUCUAUCACGAAUAGUACGCCAUUGACGACAUCGCCGCGCUCUUCUACUUCGAUUCUUCCUCAGUCCUUUACCUUCUUGCCUUCAACCGCGUUCACUUCUUUGACUGGUGGUGCCAACUCGCUAUUGACCCAUUUGGCCCAAGUUCUUGGACCUUUCUUGAUAGUGCUGGGCUCAGAGAUGAUUGUAGACUGGCUAAAGCAUGCAUAUAUCAACAAGUUCAACAAUACCCGACCAGUCAUUUACAGAAGAUUUCUCGAUGUGCUUGCAAAGGAUUAUUACACAAAUGCAUUUGCCAAUCAGAACCUUACAAAACGUCUCGGUCUGGCGGUGAUCCCAAUGGCAUGUUUAUUUUUCCGCGUUUCGGUGCAGACGUAUCAAAUGUUCCUACAAGCGCUUUUACCAACCAAUGCAUCCUCAACGGAACACAGCGCCGCAUUGACUGCCAUACACGAACACUAUUCCAACUUACCGCACCCCUCACCCUCCCAGGUGCCUUUCACUGUCAACACAGUUGUGUCGAGCUCUUUUGACUGGCUAUCAAGGAUGGUGAAUAUUGUUGUCGAAAACGCAGUUCCAUCGCCCGUGCAAUCGGUGACGUUUUUCACUAUCGUCCUGGUUCUGUCUGGCUAUCUCAUCCUGCUUACCCUCAAACUCACUCUAGGGAUCUUGCUCUUAUCAUUUUCCCGUUCGCGGUACAAGGCCAUGAAAGACCGCGAGCAAGAUGAAUAUUUCAACUCGAACGAUAAACCCUCUUCUAUCUCUUCUUCCUCUGGCCAGCCACAAAGACAACAACAAAAACCCUCUAGCCAAGGAUUCGUCGUCGAGGGUGGUCGGCGCGUGGGUGGCUGGGGUGUCGUCGAAGUCGACCAGGACAAACGGCGCUGGAUCUACGCAGAUGACCCCGAUGGGCUGCGGAAAUUGAAAGAACGUGAAGAGCGAGACAAGAAUACGGUCAAAGAUGCAGGGACUUUGAGUUUUGAAAGCGUGAAGCGAUAUGAGAUGGCGGCGAAGCGGAUUUGGUAGAAGACAGCCUUAUUUGCAUGGUAUAUAUAUCAUCUAGCGUACAUUGCAUGUAAUUAUAAACUUUCUAUAAUAAUUUACUAUUGACG